AUACACGUAAGUUGCUCUCUACGACUUGCCUAAACGUGGCGCGCAUGCCGAGCGUCACUUCAAGCUCACCGCAGCUGCGAACCCUAGCCUAUCUCGUUGGCGCUCGCCGAUCAGAUGGCGCUUCGUACAGAGAAGCCUUUGCGCGAACAGCCGCCUCCUCGCCACUCGCGGAACUUAUUUUGGUUCGCGCUGGGAUUCUCAGUCGCUACACAUGACCAGCCUGACCGAUACCACGCGAAUCUUCCCCACUGGUUUCUAGAGCCGGUCAUCUUUCUCCAGCAGUCUUGUCAUUUCCUGCAGAGAGCAAAGAGCUAGAUAGCCAUGUCUCUACCGACUGGAGCUCGUCUCGCGUACGUGAUUCUGUAUGUGGAGGACAUCGACGCAGCGGUGAAGUUCUACAAGGACGUGUUCAUGUUCGACGUGAGGCGCGUGGACAACAGCAGAAGAUGGGCCGAAUUGGAGACCGGAUCAACGACGCUGGCGUUUACCCCGCUGGAGCAAAGGGAGACGAAGAUCACAGGCGGCGUGCAUGUGCCUGAUGAGAGGAGCAGCGGCAGAACGUGGAAAUCAGCAUCAGCGUGUUUGAUGUCAGAGACACGUACGAGAGAGCCCUAAAGGCAGGAGCAAAGGAGGUUGCUAAACCAGAGCAGAAGGAAUGGGGCCAGACUGUGGGGUACCUUCGUGAUCCCUUUGGCAUCACUGUCCGCCUUGGCUCACACUUAUCCUCCUCCUGAUCCGUGGAUUCAGCCUGUUACGGUAUUCUAGGAGGGAAUUGUUGUGAUCACUUGGGACAGGUCCAGGAGGGGAAGUUGGGUGAUUACUGGGUGAUUCGUGAGUGACAUGCUGAAGAUGCUUUCUUGUAGGGAAUGUGCAUCUGCUUACAAUGCAUCUGGUCUGGGGAUGUCAGCCAGGUGCUGUUAGCCAGCCACAGCGGAAGGAGAAUGAAAGAAGUU